UCCCCUCUCAGGUCCUUAGGGAGAAGAGUUCCAGCUUAGCCAGGGAGGCUUUGUUCUGCUGACAGAAGAUCCGAUCGGAAAUCCGGUGGCCUCGGCCUCUGAGCUCCAGUCUCACGCGGGGUCUAGUGUAGUCUGGGACCCUCAUUAUACACCCUGCUUUUCGCUGCUUCCGGGUGCCGCGUGGAGUAGGGAGACUGUGGACCAGCACCAGUUUGGUCCUGGACCUGACUCUGCAAAGCAGCACCACUUUGAGGAAGUAACACCAACCUCACUCCUGGUCACCCAGAGGACAUAGGGCGGAGAAUUGCAAAAGGAGAGGAGGUGGGAGAAGUGAUGACGGGGAGGAAUCACUGCCCCGUCUGGUAACCUGACCUUCUAUGGCUAACUAACCACUCCCCUGCGGAGCCACAGCAGAGGGACUAUGGGAGAGGUAUGUGACCGGCGGCCUGGGCCCCAAUCAGUCCCGCCUCCCCUCCCGUUGUUGUCCCUGCUGGGGCGCAUUCCAGCAUCCUAAAGCCAUUGGCUAAGGGUAUCCAGGGGUAUCUAGGAAGGCCAGGUAAGAGGGACUUGACCUGGGCUCCAGGAAUCUCAGCCACUGUCUUGUUGUCCUGUUCUUCCACAUAAAUGUCUGGAGCAAUUUUUGGCCCUCUGGAGGGCCUAGGUGCCCUGGAUGCUGCGAGCAGCCAUCCGCUCGUGUGCCCGCUGUGCCACGCACAGUACGAGCGCCCGUGCCUGCUGGACUGUUUCCACGACUUCUGUGCUGGCUGCUUGUGUGGCCGGGCCACCGAUGGCCGCCUGACUUGUCCACUGUGCCAGCACCAGACCCUGGUGAAGGGUCCCAGUGGCCUCCCACCAGUGGACCGGCUCCUGCAGUUCCUGGUGGACAGCUCUGUGGAUGGCGCUGAGGCCGUUCACUGUGCCAACUGUGACCUGGAGUGCAGCCAGCAGGACGCAGAGACCACGUACUUCUGCAACACCUGCGGGCAGCCCCUGUGCGCGCGCUGCCGCGAAGAGACGCACCGCGCGCGCAUGUUCGCGCGCCACGACAUCGUAGCCCUGGGCCAGCGCAGCCGCGAUGUGAUCCAGAAGUGUACGCUGCAUUCGGAGCCGUACAUCAUGUUUUCCACCGACAAGAAGUCGCUGCUGUGCAUCCGCUGCUUUCGGGACAUGCAGGGGGAGAGCCGGGCCCACUGUGUGGACCUGGAGUCAGCUUAUGUGCAAGGUUGCGAGCGGCUGGAGCAGGCGGUGCUGGCAGUGAAGGCCCUGCAGACAGCCACGAAAGAGGCCAUCGCGCUGCUCCAGGCCAUGGUGGAGGAGGUGAGGCACAGUGCGGCCGAGGAGGAGGCAGCCAUCCACGCGCUCUUUGGCAGCAUGCAGGAGAGACUGGCGGAGAGGAGAGCGCUGCUGCUGCAGGCUGUGCAGAGCCAGUACGAAGAGAAGGACAAAGCCUUCAAGGAACAGCUGGCCCACCUGGCCUCCUUGCUGCCCACUCUGCAGGUUCACCUGGUCAUCUGCUCUUCCUUUCUCAGCUUGGCCAGCAAAGCUGAGUUCUUGGAUCUGGGUUAUGAGCUGAUGGAGAGACUUCAAGGCAUCGUCACGCGGCCGCAUCGCCUGAGACCGGCUCAGAGCAGCAAGAUCGCCAGCGACCACCGCGCAGAAUUCGCCCGCUGCCUGGAGCCGCUGCUGCUGCUGCUGGGGCCCCGCCGGGCUGUGUCCACCGUGGGCGGCGCCAACACGGUGGCAGCGGGCUCAAGCCCCAAGGUGCUGAAGACACCCAGCUGUCCCUCCUCAGUGGGGAAGAUGUCAGGGUCACCCGUCCAGAAACCCUCGCCACACCGGUCCAUUAGCACGAAGGUGCUCCUGGCCGAGGGCGAGGACACACCCUUCACAGAGCACUGCCGCCAUUACGAGGAUUCCUACCGGGGUCUGCAGGUGGAGGUGCAGAACCUGAAGGACCAGGUGCAGGAACUGCACCGAGACCUCACCAAGCACCACUCCCUCAUCAAGGCGGAGAUCAUGGGGGAUAUCCUGCACAGGUCCCUGCUGCUGGACACGCAGAUCGCUUCUGAAUACACCUUCAUGGAGGGAAUGAGAGCGACCUUCCAAGAGAUUUGGGAGGACUCCUACCAGCGAGUAGCCACCCAGCAGGAGAUUUAUGAAGCCCAGCUCCACGACCUUCUCCAGCUGAGGCAGGAGAAUGCCUAUCUCGCCACUGUCACCAAGCAGAUCACGCCCUACAUUCGCUCCAUCGCCAGGGUGAAGGAGCGACUGGAGCCCAGGUUCCAGGGACCUGUGGAUGAGCACAAGGAGCAUGGGCAGAACAUGUAUGAUGAGACCCCAGCCAGGGCUGAUCCAGGAUGCGCCAUUGAAAAGAGAGACAAGGCUUCUGAGCCCAAUGGAAGCAGCUGGGCCCUGAGCGGCCUCCCAGAAGGGCCCUCACUAAAGAACCAAGACCACCUCAGACCCAAGCUGGAAGCUGGAGAUGAGGGCUGGAGAGCUGGCUCGGGGCCUAAGGGGGCUUGCUACCAAGCCUGACAGCCUGGACCAGCAUGGCGGAAGGAAAGAACUAACUCCCACGCACAUAGGCAGCAAAGGAGACAUGUAAAAUCUCCCAAUGAGGGUAACUCCCGCGUGGCGUGGAGAGAGCAGCUCAGUAACCGGGUCUGAGUGAGCUGGGCCAGGCCAGGCAGUUAGCUUUCUCAGGACUGGCACACAAGCUGUGGGCAUGGCUCAGAGGUUAGGGGCACUGCUGCUCUUUCUGAGGCCCUGGAGUUCGGACCUCAGCACCCACAGGGUGCUCACAACCACCUCGAACUCCAGUCCAGGGCAUCUGACGCCCUCUUCUGGCCUCCAUGGGCACCACAUGUGUAGCACACAGACAUAUGUGCAGGUAAAAUACAUACAAAAAUAAAUCUUAAAAAAAUGUGCGGGCAGUGGUGGCACACACCUUUAAUCCCAGCACUUGGGAGGCAGAGACACAGGGAUUUCUGAGUUCAAGGCCAGCCUGGUCUACAGACUGAGUUCCAGGACAGCCAGAGCUACACAGAGAAACCCUGUCUCGAAAAACCAAAAAAAAAAAAAAAAAAAAAGUAAGCUUCAGGGCCCACAAUCUGCUCCGGGAGGCCAACGAUUCCCUUCCAUUCACAUCUUAAGAGGACAGAGCUUGACUCAGCUACACAGCAAAUUCCAGUUUUACGUAUACCACACAGACACGAUUACAGGGUGACACCCUGCACUGCUCUUGGUGCCCACAGGCGCUAAAGGAGUGGGUCCCACCUUGGGUCGCAGCUCCUCUGAGUGCUGUGUCAGGGAUCCUGCACGUCAGAGAUUUACAUUACUGCUCAUAACAGUCGCAGGAUUAGUUCUGAAGUAGCAGUGAAGGAAUUUCAUAGCUGGGUCACCACACCGGGAGGAACUGUACUAGAGGGUGACAGCGCCAGGAAGCUUGAGAGCUGCUGCGCUAAGAAAGCCAGGUAGACAACACACAGAUGAUUCCAUGCUGGACUCUCUAGAUGUGAUG